UGCGUGCGUAGUCAAUGCGAAUAAACCUAAUGUCGACCGACGUGGAUAGACGAACAGCGAGUAGCACGACGUGCAAAUUAAUAUUGCGGAAAGUUAAAGAUUCAAAUUUAUGGCUAUUUAUUUAUUCCAUUAACUAUAUUAUAUUAAUAUGUGACACACAAAAAAAUGAUAACGGUUGAAGAUCUGCAAUUUGCAGCAAAAAUGAACAUAUUAUAAACACUUGUAGUAUCCUUUUUGAAUCAGCUGUCAUAAGCAGACGAUACAUAGUAUCUAAUGCUAUUUGUUUGACUAUAAGGUCAUGGAAUUAAUUGAAACUAGUGUACAAAUAAGAGAUUGUUCUAUAGAUUUUAUUCCUGUUUACAUUAAACAAGAGAAUGAUGAACAUGAAACAGAUUUCAAUGAUAUUGAAAUAAUCAAUGCAGCUCAAAAUUUCUGUGCUAUUGAAAUUAAAGAAAGCAAAGGAUAUACAAUUAAUAAUAAUGAAGAAUCAAUUGUAAAUAGUGAAAACUGUACACAGAAUACAAAUAAUUUAAACAAUUCAAAUUCAUCAUCAAAUAUUAUACGACAAAAUGAAAGUUGUAAUAUAAAUGGUAUUUUAAAUAGUUCAGUAUACUUGCAAAAUUUAGAUUAUGAAAAUAUAAAUAUAGAAAUACAAAAACCAACAAAUCAAAUAGGUGAUAUUUUUAUUGAUCAAAAUGAGCAAAUACAAACAAGCAAUUAUAAUAUUUCAACAGUUACUAUAUCAAGUGAUCUUUUAGGACUAAAUCUUAAUAUAAAAAAGGAAAAUGAACUAGAUCAGGACACAGUUUAUAAUACAGAAUGGUUAUGUAAUGUGAAUAAUGAAACUGAUAUUCGAUUGAAAGUUUCAAAAAAUAUCAAAGACAAAAUUCAAGAGGUUCCUACUAAUAUCAAUGAUACGAUAACGUUAUUGACAAAACACAAGGAUCAAUCAUCAGAAAGUGAUAAUAAUUUGAAAAUUAAGGAAACUAAAUCUGAGAAAUCUAAAAAACAAUUAAAAAUAAGAUCAAAUUCCUUACAAGAUUAUAAAGAAAAGUUGAGAAGAAAAGCAGAGUGCAUGAGAGAAAAAAGAAAAAAAUUGUAUGAGCAAGAAACUGAAGAACAACGUCAACAAAGAUUAGCAAAGGAAGCAGCAAAAAGAAGAGAAAUGAGAAUGUAUUAUGAAACACCCGAACAAAGAAGAAAAAGAUUAGAUGCAGAAGCUGCAAGAAAAAGAGAGUACAGAAUGUAUAAUGAAACACCUGAAGACAGAAGGAAAAGAUUAGAUCGUGAAGCAGAAAGAAGAAGAAUGAAAAGACUUUCAUUAUAUGCUAGUGAAACUCCUGAACAAAGAAGAGAGAGAUUAAAUAGAGAAUCAGCAAAAAGAAGAGAAGCUAGACUUAAUCAAUAUGCUAAAGAAACGCAAGAAGAAAGAAAAGAAAGAUUAAAGAGGGAUGCUUUAAGAGUUAGAGAAAUGAGAUUUACUAGAUCUGCUAUUGAAACAGAAGAGGAGCGUAAACAAAGGUUAGUAAAAGAUGCUCUUCGAAAAAGGGAGGUAAGAAUGCAUGGACGUCAUUCAGUGAAUAAUAAUUUCACUGAACUCCAAACUGUUCGAAAUUUUGAAGAAUUAAACAAUGUUCAGAUAAAGGAGAAUCCUGAUAAUCAAUUGGGAGGUCAUUACUUGAGUAACUGGAUGAUGUGGUUCCAAAAUUCAUUAGUCCAACCUGUUCAUAUUGGAGAACAAAUCAUCAAAUCUCAAUCAGAAAAUAAUGGAUAAAAAAUUUCUAUGAUAAAUUUUUAAUAUUGUAUAUAUCAUUUCAUCAUGAGAAUACAUAAAACAAAACACUUGCUAUUUCAA